CACGUAAAAUGUUUAGAAAUUUGAUGUGAAAAAAUGUGAUAAAAGUCACAGUUUUAAGACGUAAUGAUGUCACCAACUAAUCAUAUGAAAGAUUAGGGAACUGUUUGUAUUUCUUUGGCGACAAUUUUUUGCAUGUAUGGGGCAAAUUGUUCAUUCAGCUGGCAACCCUGCUGAAAUAAUAUUUCAAUUCGGUUUCAAUCUAUGUGAUGUGUCAUAUUUUAGAAUAAAGUUUCUUGAAUAAUAAUUGAAGCAUUUUUAUAUCUUAUGGAUGAACUAAUUUUUUUUAUGAAUGGUUGAUGUUUUGUCAACUGCAAUUUAAAUAAUUAGAAACAUGAAAAAGUAUAGAAAUGCCAACUGCCCUUCUGAUGGCGAUUUGUCCACACAAUCUCAUAGACGUUUCGAAGAGGCAUGUGAAAUGAUACAAAGAAAUGCAUCAAAAUUUAUUGACCAAGAAUGGGCCGAAUCAUCAUCAGAUGAAGAAGAUGAGGUUGAUGUAUCUGUUUUACAAAAAACUUGGUUAAAUUAUAAUGAUAAUGAGCACAAAAACUUGCAAAAAGUCAAGGACUAUCUUCAAGAGAUCAUAACCCAUGGAGCCAUAACUUGUUUGAUAUGUAUUGAAAGUGUUGGUAAAAAGGAAAAGAUUUGGAACUGUCAAAAUUGUUAUUGUGUACUACAUUUAAGUUGUAUCAUGAAAUGGGCUAAAGAUAGUUUAUACUCAAGCAACACAGAUGAAAAAAAGUCCUUUAAAUGGUCAUGUCCAAAAUGUAGGUUUGAUUACUUACCUUCAGACAAACCUUCUAAAUAUUUUUGUUUUUGUAAAAAAGUCGAGAAUCCUUCAUUUGAUACAUGGGGUGUACCUCACUCUUGUGGAAAAAUUUGUGAAAAAAGAUUGGUGCCAGAUUGUGGUCAUUCCUGCUCUUUGUUAUGUCAUCCAGGUCCAUGCCCACCAUGUCCUAAAACUGUUGCAAUUUCUUGUUGCUGUCUUAAAAGUAAAGCAGCUCUAAAACGGUGCAGUUAUAAAGAAUGGACUUGUGGAACGAAGUGUCAGAAAGUUUUACCUUGUAAUGUACAUUACUGUCAGGAAUUAUGUCACAAAGGUUUUUGCCCUCCAUGUAAAUUACAAAAAAUUCAAACCUGUGAAUGUGGAGCUAAAUCUCAGAGUAGACCUUGUACUGAUGUGAUUUGGAAGUGUGAUAAAGUCUGUAAUAAACCCUUGGAAUGUGGUAAUCAUUUUUGCAACCUGGUAUGUCACUCAGGACCUUGUUCUCCCUGUCCAAAUUCUGGGGAGAGGCAUUGCCCAUGUGGAAAAAAGAAAAUGAUGUUACCUUGCACUGAAAAUGUAUUACCCUGUGGUGAUACUUGUAAUAAAUUGUUACUCUGCACCAUCCAUCAAUGCAGUCAGAGAUGUCAUUUUGGUCCCUGUGAAGAGUGUAUUCAAAUGCAGUUUAAAAAAUGCAGAUGUGGACUGCGUGAAAAGUCAGUACCAUGUAGUAAAGAAUAUCUAUGUGACACCAAAUGCAAAGGACGUAGAGAUUGCGGACGGCAUAAUUGCAAUAGAAAGUGCUGUACUGGUAAUUGUCCACCUUGUGAAGUUCCUUGUGGAAAGACUCUAAAAUGUGGAAAACAUAAAUGUACCAGUUUGUGUCAUACAGGACCUUGUUAUCCUUGUAAGGAAAAAGUAACUGUUUCUUGUAAUUGUGGAUCUAGUAAAGUUGUUGUUCCUUGUGGAAGGAAAAAAUCUACAGUCCCACCACAAUGUCACUCAGAAUGCAAGUUACCUCCAGAUUGCCACCAUUCUAAACGACAUACACAUAAAUGUCAUUAUGGAAAAUGCCCUCCCUGUCGUUUACCUUGCUGUCAAGUUUUAGAGUGUGGUCAUACAUGUCCUGCUAAAUGUCAUUCUGCUGUCAUUACAAAAGUUGAUACAAAAGAGAAAAUGGAAGGGCCUUGGGAUUUACAAAAUGCUUUUAGAUUUGAAUUAGUUUCCAAACCUUGUCCAUCUUGCCUAAUACCAGUUCAAGUGAAGUGCUUAGGUGGCCAUGAAAAUACUUUUAUUCCUUGCUAUAAUGCUAAGUCAGUGUCAUGUGGAAAACUUUGUGACCGGGCUUUGACUUGUGGAAAUCAUCGUUGUAAACUUGAAUGCCAUGAUGUGAAAGAUAGGACUAACUUUGAAGAAAGUGAUAAUUGUGAGAGUUGCUCUGAAAUCUGCCAGAAGCCAAGAAAGUGCAUUCAUCCAUGUUUACUCCCUUGCCAUCCAGGUCAAUGCAAACCUUGUAACCAACGCAUAAAAAUGAAAUGCCAUUGUCAGAUGACUCAGCUUUAUGUUUUAUGUGAUGAAUGGAGUUCAAAAAAUGAAAAUGAAUGCAUCAGUAUGCUAAGUUGCUUAAACCGUUGUCCUAAGCAGAUGUCAUGUAGCCAUCGUUGCAUUUUAUCCUGUCAUGCUGGUGAAUGUGCAAGCAGAGAGAACUGUAAGAAAAAAGUCUCACUUCGAUGUCCAUGUAAACGAAUAAAGAAAGAAGUUAUUUGCUCUUCUCUCAUAAAUAAUGAAUCAAAAAUAAUUUGUGACCAAGAAUGCUUUGAAUAUCAAAAUUUAAUAAAAGAAUCAGAGAUGAAAAAAGCAAGUGAAAUUGAUGCAGAAAGAAAACGACAACAAGAAAAUGAACUCAAAGAAUUUCUAAGAAAAACAGAUGGAAAAAAGAAGAGAAGAAAGAAACAAACAGAAACUUUUAAAACUCGUAAAGAAUAUUCAUUACGUCAGCUGGGAGCAUUUGCAUUUCUUACAAUUUUUCUUGGAAUUAUAAUUUAUUACUGUGUAAACUUUUGAUUUCAAAAUUGAAAUGCUUUCUAAUUUAUUUAUAUAUAUCUAAAAGAUUUUUCAAUUUAUCAAUGAAUGAAUAUUAUAAGCCAUUUAGAAUUUAGUGAAAAGAUUUAUAAACAGUUCGUCCCAAGACUAUGUAAAUGUGUAAGAAUUUUCGAAAAUGAACUUUAACUUGGCAAUAUUAUGUAACUCAACUCUUAAUAUAUGUUUUUUAGGUCAUUGUCAAAAAUAUAUUUAUACAUGCUAAGAGUCACAAAUCAAUGUUUUGAGAAAAAUAUAUGUUGCAUGAAUCAAUAUUAGGGUUAAUCAUUCAUCAUGACGAAAUUAAAGGUAUGAAAAGUAGUUUGUUGAUUGAAACCACAAAGUAUUUUUAUUAAUUACUGGUUAGUUUAUUAAUAAUCGCGGAAGUAGUCUUUCAGUUAUAUCUCUCAUGUUAAUUUUUGUAAUUCUGCUUUAAUUGUGCUUUGAAAAUUUAGCAUUUAAUUCUGUUUGUUAGUUGAUUUUUUCUUAGUGAAAUAUUAAUUUGGAAUGCUUUAUACCCCUAUAUGUAACAUUCUCAUUUUUACUGUAUAGGUUGAAUUUUUUUCUCCUUUAAAUAUCUUUCCUCUGACUUAAUUUGUUUUAUGUUCCAAUGGAAUAUAAUUAUAAUUUAACUUAUUUGUUUUGAUUCAAUUAUAAAAUUUUCUCAUAGACAAAAAGGUAAUCUUAUAUUUAUUUCAAAACUUUGUUUUUAAGGUUUCAUCGCUGUGUGUGUUUAAAUCACUGUGGACUUUCUGCAGACCAAAUUUAAAAUGUUUCUUCAAAUAUUUUUAUUUAAAUAAGUAAUAAUAUAAGUUAUGUAUAGUUUGGUAAUAAAAUAUUUUUGUAGUAAAUUCUUUUUAAUUUAUUAACCAACCAAAAAUUUUGUAUGCAACUUAGUAGUUCUUCAUAAGUUAUAAAGUAUAUACUAUGAGAAGGGCGCGAUUUCGUGGACUAGCAGAAAAUUGUUAGUUAAAAAAUCAAAAGCUAGUUGGAGAAGUAUGCAGUAGCAAAAAUUGCUAGUCACCUCUAUAGGUCUUGUUUUUGAUUUUUAGCUCCUUUCCAAGAGGUUUUUCAAAUUCUUAUAUCUUGAAAACUGUAUUAUUACCACACAUGAGUUUUUAGUUGAUAUUAUUCACUCAAGUUGAAACUAUUCAUUCACUUUUGCUUUAUAUUUGAUUCUAUAUUACAUUAUUAGUCCACGUUAUUCAAUUAUUAAUACAUGUUGUUUUCUGAUUGUUU